CAAACAUUUUGUGUCAAUUAAACCGGUAAAUUUGUUUAUUCUUAUCAACAAUUAACUUGAAACACUAGUUGAUUCGUUCAUUAAUCGUUAAUCAGUCUCACUAAUUUCAUCUUUUUCUCUCUCUUUUUCUCCCUUCAUUUAGAUCAUCAAGUCGACAAUUUAUGAAAAUGGCUAAUUCAGAUUCUCUUAAGGAUAUUGCUAAUCGUCUCCGAAUUAACUCAAUUAAAGCCACCCAAGCUUCUAAAUCAGGACAUCCAACAUCAUGUGCUUCCAUGGCGGAGAUCAUGGCUGUUCUGUUUUUCGACACCAUGAGAUAUUCACUCAAGGAACCAAGACAUCCUGCCUCUGACCGAUUAGUUUUGAGUAAGGGACACUCUGCACCUAUUCUUUAUGCAGCAUGGGCUGAAGCUGGUCUAUUCCCUCAAUCUGAUUUACUUAAUCUUAGAAAGAUUGACUCUGAUCUUGAAGGUCAUCCAACACCAAGAUUAAACUUUGUUGAUGUUGCCACUGGUUCUUUGGGUCAAGGUUUAAGUUGUGCUGCUGGUAUGGCUGUGAUUGGAAAAUAUUUUGACAAGACCGAUUUUCGAACCUAUUGUUUAAUUGGUGAUGGUGAAUCAGCUGAAGGAUCAAUAUGGGAAGCGAUGGCUUUUGCUUCUUAUUACAAAUUGGACAAUCUUUGUGCUAUUUUUGACGUUAAUCGACUUGGACAAAGUGAACCAACCGCUUUACAACAUCAGAUGGAUGUUUAUGAAGCUCGUUGUCGUGCCUUUGGUUUUGAGCCGAUCGUUGUUGAUGGACAUGAUGUGAAUGCUUUAGUUGCCGCUUUCGCUAAAGCAGCAGCAACCAAGGAUCGUCCAUCAGCCAUAAUUGCUCAAACAUACAAAGGAAAAGGUUUUCCUGAUAUUGAAGAUAAAGAUAACUGGCAUGGUAAACCUCUCGGAGACAAAGCCGACGUUGUCAUUAAACACUUGGAAAGUCAACUUAAGAAUCUGUCUCUGCCUAUCAAACCUUUCAAUGGAUCAGCCCCUGAAGUCGAUAUGAAGGUUUCUCUAUGUGAACCACCCAGCUAUAAACUCGGGGAAAAAGUUGCUACUCGUCAAGCUUAUGGUACUUCUUUGGUGAAACUUGGUAAAACCAAUCCUCGAGUUCUUGCUUUUGAUGGUGAUACCAAGAACAGUACUUUCUCUGAAACCUACAAGAAGGCAUUCCCAGAUCGUUAUAUCGAGUGUUUCAUUGCUGAACAAAACUUGAUUGGUGUUGGUAUCGGUGCAGGAUGUAGAGGAAGAGCAAUUCCAUUUGUUUCAACAUUUGCCGCUUUCUUUUCCCGUGCCUUUGAUCAACUCCGAAUGGGUGCAAUUUCUCAGGCCAAUAUUAAAUGUGUUGGCUCUCAUUGUGGUGUUAGCAUUGGUGAAGAUGGACCAUCUCAAAUGGCUCUUGAAGAUUUAGCCAUGUUUAGAGCUAUUCCUGGUUGUAAUGUUUUCUAUCCCUCUGACGCUGUUAGUAUGGAACGAGCCGCUGAAUUAGCUGCUCAGCGAAAAGGAAUUGACUUUAUUCGUACUUCUCGACCAGCAACUCCUUGCAUUUAUUCAAAUGACACCGUUUUUGAAGUUGGCAAGGCUAAAGUUGUUAAACAAAGCGCCGAUGAUCAAGUACUUCUUAUUGGUGCUGGUAUUACUCUUCACGAGGCUUUGAAAGCUGCUGAUCAACUUGCUCAACAAGGAAUCAAUUGCCGAGUCUUAGAUCCAUUCACUAUCAAACCAAUUGAUGCUACUGGUAUUUCGGAAAACGCUAAAGCUUGUAAGGGACGAAUUGUUGUCGUUGAAGAUCAUUAUCCAGAGGGAGGUUUAGGCGAAGCUGUUUCUGGUGCUCUUUCUGGCGAAACAGGAAUCACCAUUAAACAUCUCGCUGUUCGAGAGGUUCCUCGAAGUGGCCCUCCAGAUGCUCUUAUUGAAAAAUACGGAAUCGGGGCUAAUUCAAUCAUUGCAGCAGUUAAAAGUUUUGCUUAAUUGCGUCAACAAAUUUAAAAUAAUUUGACACUUAACAUUCCCAUCUUAAUGUUUUCCCCAUACAAAUUGUCAAAUUUACUGGGAUAAUCAAACGAACGAGAAACUAUCUUCCUCCAAUUAGUUUCUUCCUAAUUGUAAUUUUUUUUUUCUAAAUUGCAAACGAAAGAAAAAUUAAAUUUGCAUAUUCAGAAUAAGAAAAAUUCCACCAACUAAA